AUGCUUUCACGGUGUUGCAUUGCCCUUGUGGCUCUACGAGUCGCCACGGCACAACUGAUUAUUGAGCCAUCCAGCUCAACACUUGUUGGAGGCAUUCUCAUCGAGACGGUUGCUUCUCAGCCUCCCCCAGCACUCAGUUUCACCGAUUCCUUUGAUCCGGAAACAACAGACGGAAUUGUCCCUGAAUCGGAGACGACUGAAGUGCCUACCGCAACUUCUGAAGAGAAGCUGUUGAUUGAUACAAGCGUCCCACCUAUUCUUCCUGGCCUUAGAUCGUCUGAUGCCGCGGAUUCUUCAAGCAUCUCAGAGACCGAUUCAAUUCGUUCACCUACCUCAACUAGCUCACCAAGCUCGUUUACUCCCACAGCCGAUGGCAGGAUAAUCAGCACUCCACGACCAGUCGCAACUCCCACAGCUGUCCUGACACCAGGCAAUGGAACAUUUACGGGCUUUCGCAACUCUACUAGAACCGAAGCUGGUGCUUCCACAACCGUCUUGCCAAGCUCGGGAUCUGGUGGAUCAGGGUCAGGAUCAGGGGGUAAUGUGAAAGAGGGCAGCAAGAACACUGACGAGGACGAAGAUGAUGAAGUUGAAGAUGACGAAGACGAGGAUGACGACGACUCGGACGACGAAGACAGCGAUGACGAAGAUGAGGAUGAUGACGAGGAUGAAGACGAAGAGGAGGAAGAAGAAGAAGGUGGAUCUUCAAGCUCCGACUCUGAUUCUGCCGACGCCACGACCUUUACAAGCGUCACUCGCGCAGGAGAAACUGCAGUCGCAGAGUCUGCUUCUGCCGACGAGGAACCUUCAGCUGCUCAUCAUUCAAGCCCAGGGGCCUUGCUGUGUCUAUCAGUUCUCGUCAUGGGGGCAACUAUCCUCGUGUAA